CGGGAGUUAAGUCUUCAUUUCAAGAACUCCUAUUGCAGGCCACUGAAAUAUGGAAGACAUAGACUCACGUUUAUUCAAAUUUAAAGGAUAUAAUUUUCAUAAUAUAAAACUUGAUACUGACUUUAUAGAAACAUUAGGAGAUUUUGAAGUCAGAGAAGAUGAUGUCUUCAUAGUCACAUACCCCAAAUCUGGAACUAGCUGGUUACAACAGAUACUAACCUUGAUUUAUUUUGAAGAACAUCAAAAAAGCACUGGGAAUCUGGAGACAUGGUUUCAAGUUCCCUAUUUCGAGUACUCCAAUGAAACCAUAGAUUUCACUAAAAGACCAUCUCCUCGUCUCUUUGUUAGCCACCUCCCAUAUUACUUGAUGCCAAGUGGACUGAAGAACAAAAAAGCCAAAAUUAUCUAUGUAUACAGAAACCCUAAGGAUGUUAUGUGCUCAUAUUUUCACUUUUCAAAGAAGCUGCCAUUACCUGUUACAAGUACCACUGAGGAAUUCAUGAAACUAUUUCUAGAAGGAAGAGUAAUGGGAAGCCUUUGGUUUGACCACAUCAAAGGUUGGUAUGAGCACAAAAACCUCUUCAACAUUGAGUUCGUGAUGUAUGAGGAGAUGAAGAAGGAUCUCAGAGGCUCUAUAGUAAAAAUCUGCAAAUUCCUGGGGAAGAAAUUAAGUGACAAGGACCUGGACACUGUGGUGACACAGGCCAUGUUUGAGAACAUGAAGUCUGACCCACGGGCAAACUACGACAGUAUACUAAAGACCCGGUUUGGAAUACAAGAAAAAGGUCACUUCCUUCGCAAAGGUAUGAUUGGAGACUGGAAAAAUCACAUGACUGUUGAGCAGAAUGAAAGGUUUGACAAGAUUUUUCAAAUGAAGAUGAAAGAUUUUCCCUUGAAGUUCAUCUGGGAUAUGAAUGAAGAAUAGAAUUCUAAGCAAUGCAAACUAUUUUAAGAAAGCACUCUCAGAAAGAAAUAUAUUCAGUUGUAUACUUUCAUCUUUGACUAUCAUUAUUAUUGAAAAAGUUCAGUGAUUAAUAAAUAUGAAUAUGUGCCUUUACAUCAUUUGCUGUCUGUAGCCCAUUUUCCAUUUGCUGAAUUCCUCAGUUUCCGAUCAGGAGAGGAUUCCUCUCUUUAUUUUGGUGUAUAAUCAUAGAAUCGAUUUUAUUUUAUGUUCAGCAAUUCCAAAGCUCUUGAGCAACAAAGGAGAUCUUAAUAUGUGACUAAUUUGAAACAAUAAAAUAAAAGCCUUGUCACUUAUAAAAAAAA